AUGGCGCGCAAGGAAAAGUCGGCCGUCUACGUGCUCGGCGUGGGCAUGACAAAGUUCAUCAAGCCCCGAGGCAAGGUCGACUACACCGAGCUCGGCUUCGAGGCGGGCGUCAAGGCGCUCCUGGACGCGCAGAUCAGCUACGACGACGUCGAGCAGGGCGUCGCGUGCUACUGCUACGGCGACAGCACCUGCGGCCAGCGAGUCUUCUACCAGUUCGGCAUGACCAAGAUUCCCAUCUACAACGUCAACAACAACUGCUCGACGGGCAGCACGGGGCUCGCCAUGGCGCGGACGCUCUGCGCCAGCGGGGCGGCCGACUGCGUCAUGGUGGUGGGCUUCGAGAAGAUGAUGCCGGGCAGCCUGCAGAGCUUCUUCAACGACCGCGAGAACCCGACGGGGACGACGUUGGCGAUGAUGGCGGACACGCGCGGCGUCGAGAGCGCGCCGGGGACGGCGCAGAUGUUCGGCAACGCCGGACGCGAGUACAUGGAGCGGUACGGCGCGACGGCCGACGACUUCGCCGAGAUUGCUCGCGUCAACCACGCGCACUCGCCGAAGAACCCGUACUCGCAGUUCCAGAAGGUCUACACGCGCGACGAGAUCCUCGCGGACAAGACCAUCUUCGCGCCGCUGACGAAGCUGCAGUGCUGCCCGACGUCGGACGGCGGCGCGGCCGCCAUUGUCGUCUCGCAGGCCUUCCUCGACGCCCGACCGCACCUCCGGGAGCAGGCGGUCGAGGUGGCCGGCCAGUGCCUCGCGACGGACGGGCCGAGCCUCUUCUCGCGCAGCGCCAUCGACCUCAUGGGCUACGAGAUGACGCGGCACGCGGCGCGGACGGCGCUGGCCGAGGCGGGCAUCACCACGACCGACGUCAAGGUGGUGGAGCUGCACGACUGCUUCAGCGCCAACGAGAUGGUGGCCAUCGACGCGCUCGGCCUCAGCGCCGAGGGCAAGGCGCACGAGCUCGUCCGCGCCGGCGACAUCACCUACGGCGGCCGCUACGUCGUCAACCCCUCGGGCGGGCUCAUCUCCAAGGGCCACCCGCUCGGGGCGACGGGCAUCGCCCAGUGCGCCGAGCUCGUCUGGCACCUGCGCGGCUGGGCCAACAACCGGGCGGCGGCGGGGACCCGGUACUGCCUCCAGCACAACCUCGGCCUCGGGGGCGCCGUCGUCGUCACCGUCUACCGGCGGGCCGACGGCGAGGUGGCGCCCGUCGUCGACUCGGACACGGUCGGCCGCCGCAACGGGCUCGGCUACAACCCGGCCGUCGAGGCCAAGGGCUUCACGGCCGAGCAGGCGGCGGCGGCACGAAGCCAGACGGCGGCGAGCGACUGGGCGCUGCAGGACACGCAAAAGAAGGUGCUCGCGGCAGCCGGAGCGGAAGCAAAGUUCAUGGUCUCUCCCACGGCGGCGACAAGGUCAAGUCUCGUCGGCGAGAGGACGAGCUCGGCAACGUUCAGUUCCUUCUCGAGACUGCCGGCGGAGCUUCGUCGGCAGGUGUGGAUGGACACCCUCGCGGCCGACGAUGCAUCUGCCGUCUACCUCUACAGCUGGCGAUGGCUGAUGGAGGACACUGACGCCGACGGCUCGACCGAAAAGGCCGAGAGGCUGGUGGAUGUCGGCGGCGUCCCGAGCAUGGCCUCGGUCAACCACGAGGCCCGCGCCGUCUUCGACCAGUGGGCGGCGUCGCGCAAGAUCAAGGUGCUGGUGCGGCCAAGGACCAAACGCCGAUGCCUCGUCCGGCCGUGGGAUGCCGAGCGCGACGUUCUCUACGUCGGGCGCGACCAGUGGCAUCGUUUCUGCGAGCACGCGCACGAUGAGCUCGGGGUCAUCAAGAGCUCCUUGGGUUCCGUCCGACACAUCGCCCUGCCCGCCUUUACCGCCUACUACAGCUACCCGCAGCUUGGGGAGGCGGUGCUGGCGGCUCUGGUAAAUGUCAAGGCCAUAUGGGUUGUCUGGGGCGCGCUGCCGAAGCUGACGACGGCGAAGGUGACCAAGACGGUGACGAUGACCAAGACGGUGACGAUGACCAAGACGGUGACCAAGACGGAGACGGCGACGGUGACGAUGACCAAGACGACGAAGGUGACCAAGACGGUGACCAAGACGGUGACCAAGACGGUGACCAAGACGGAGACGGCGACGGUGACGAUGACCAAGACGGAGACGGUGACGGUGGCGAUGAAGACGAUGACGGUGAGGGAGACGACGAGGAAGACGCCGUCCCAGAGGUCAGCAGGCGGCGAAAAGGACCAGCCGGUCUUGAUGGCGGUCGAGGACCCCGUCGACAGGACUGUUCGCUACGAGAAAGGUGAGCUCGAGGAGUGGAUGGACGAAAUGGACGAGGCUCUCAACACGGUGGAGCUGCCGCCGCACGUUUGCACGCAGGACGACUCUCGCUGCUUUGAUCUGCCCUUGAUUCCAGCCCACGCGGUCCGCUGCUGA